AUGAGCAGCGCGCACCAACACGCUUCCGCGGCAUUGACCGCCGAUGCCCUUAAGAAGGGCUUCGAUUUCACCAGUCUCAUGUCGCCACCCGAUCCGACUCCUCUCGACAGCUUCAAUCACUCUGCGCAGGUCAGCCCAAUGGCUACGCCUGCGCAGGAAGCCGCUGGGGAUGCACUCAGGAUGCCCAUGUCGCCACCAGUCUCGCCACUCACGAAAGCCGCAAACAACAAUGCUGCCGCAGCUGCCGCAAGCCAUACCGAAAAGGAUCCCAUUCUUUUCCCUCGCGACGACCUGUCUUUGAGCCCACCUCAGCAGCCUCUCUUCCCUGCACAUGAGACUGCCUCUCACCGGCGCCUCGUCGAUGAACACAUCGCUUCCAGAGACACGACCACUUUCCGCCGUUCUCCACCGCCCAAACGUGAGGAAUACGAAUUGGUCCUACAAUUCAGAUCGAAGGUCAUUGAGAUGUACAGCAAGGACCCUCAAGGUUGGCUGAAGAGGGAGAAGAAACAGUUGGUGCUCGACAGGAAAACGAGCCAGAACAGGGCAGACAAACGAUACAUUGCUCUAGCUCCGGCCAAGUCGACCAAGCUGUCCGCCAAAGUGUCUGCCACAAAGACCGUGAGGACUCCUGCUGCCAAGCCCGACCGUGUCGUCAAGCCCGCUCAUGGCCCCCGCCCGGCCCCCGCUGUCGCCAGGGCUCGCCCGACCAACUCGACACCCAAGAAGACUCGGGUCACGAGCGCCACACCGGAACCUAGCCGUCGCAUCGUCGCACCCAACCGGGAGGAUCGCGACUUCGCAUCCUUGCCUGAUCUCUGUCCGCCACUCUCGUCUCUUCCCGACAAGACCAACAGUCUGAAGGUGGAUUGGAAGGGCACCGCGGUCGAUCUCUCCAAUGACCCCAAUGCUCACCACCUUCACCCCGAUGAGGUGACAUUGGCAGCAGCACUGCGACUCGACUGCGCUACAUACCUCACCAGCAAGCGUCGGAUCUUCAUCCGUCGCCUCGAAUGCGCCAGAAUCCAGAAGGAGUUCCGCAAAACGGAUGCUCAGCAAGCCUGCAAGAUUGACGUCAACAAGGCAUCCAAACUCUGGACAGCAUUUGAUAAGGUUGGCUGGCUGGACAUCAAGUGGAUGGCGCCCUUUGCCUCCUCGAUGUAAACCGGCUACUCUUCAGCAGCAGCAAGGUGGAUGAUCCGGUAUACUCUAUCGGUUGCCAUCUCCUCUCUACAAGCACACGGAUUCAUGAUUUAACCGUUUCACGACUCGAAUCUUACGUUCAAUGAUUGGUUUUGCAUUCAGCGACAACGGGACCUGCCUGUUUCUUUUCCUUAUUCGACCCGCUCCAUAUUUCAGGGCUCUGCAGCCCGAUAUGUGGUGUUCGAUGUCAUGGUCUUUUCUCCUCUCUUUUGUCACAAGCUGCCAGGUCAGGCAGUGGUUCAUUCGGCACCACAUGACGAUAUGGUCACGUCCAGCAUUAGGGAUUCUCAUCACCAUGAUACCCGGAGUGUGCGACAUACAUCUGAUUCCCCAGUCUUGUCACCCCCCUCACUCCAUUUUUCAUUUCCUUAUUUUUCUUCACUUGUUGGUUGUUUGGGCAUAUGGAAUAUGGUUUUCUCGGACAUACCCCGCUUUUCUGUGGCUUGGGAAGUGAGCGAGAUGCAUGUUUUUGGCGUUUGAUAGCCUCGAGAAGAGAUUGCGGCCUGCAGCCGAAGAAAUAUACAUCCGAAGGAGGUUUUGAUUUCCAGAGUCCUUGGAAAGGCUUUUUAUUGUUUGUAGCUGCAGGAACUAUUCCUCUCGAGGUAUUCAACAUGAUUCUCGAGGGAGAACGGAAGUUAAAGAAUCGGCGGCAAUCAGUCGCCAAUUCAUUCGAUCAACACUGAAUCUAUGC